UUGUUAACAUUUUCAAGAAAUAACAUUUUGUUUGUUUUUAUUUCUUCAUGAAAAAUUUGAUUAUUGAUCUUGACAUUCGAGAUUUUUAUUUAAUAUCUUGUAUUUUUUUGAAAUGUACGCGAUACCCAAUGAGGAAAAUAAUUCCUUCCAAGCCAGUGGAUCGGAGCAUGUUUUGACCCGUGAAGCUAUGAGAAAAUAUCUUUUUGAAAAAGCGGAACUUGCUGAGCGAUCAAAAUCAGAAAAGGUAGAAAAGGAUAUCAAAGUGAUCAUCUUGCAUGCCAAAGUUGCCCAGAAAUCAUAUGGAUCAGAAAAGCGUUUCUUUUGUCCGCCACCGUGUAUUUAUUUGACUGGGGAAGGAUGGAAGGAAAGAAAAGAAAGAAUGAUCAAAGAAGGAUGUUCAGAAGAAGGGGCUCAAGUUUGUGCAUUUAUUGGCAUUGGAAGUCCCGAGCAAGAAAUGCAACAGUUGCAUUUCAAUGGAGAGAACUUUUGUAUGGCCAAAACAUUAUUCAUCAGUGAUUCUGACAAAAGGAAACAUUUCAUGCUAUCAGUCAAAAUGUUUUAUUCUAAUAGUGAUGAUAUUGGAACCUUCUAUUCUCAAAGAAUCAAAGUAAUUUCCAAGCCAUCUAAAAAGAAACAAUCCCUCAAAAAUACUGACUUGUGUAUCGGCUCAGGAACCAAAGUUGCACUCUUCAACCGAUUGAGAUCUCAAACUGUAAGCACAAAGUACUUACAUGUGGAAAAUAAGCAUUUCCAUGCCAGCUCAACUCAAUGGUCAGCGUUUACAAUACACUUGCUUGAUGAUAACGAAGCUGAGUCAGAGGAAUUCACCGUCCAAGACGGUUUCAUUCAUUAUGGUUCAACUGUUAAACUUGUUGACGCUAUUACUGGUGUAGCUCUUCCAAGAUUGAUCAUACGAAAAGUUGAUAAACAAGAAGCCUUAUUGGACGCUGAUGAUCCAGUAUCUCAAUUGCACAAAUGCGCUUUCUACUUGAAAGAUACCGAAAGGAUGUAUUUAUGCCUUAAUCAAGAUAAAAUCAUCCAAUUCCAAGCAACAGCAUGUAAUAAUGGUCAAAAUAAGGAAGUUUUAACGGAUGGAGCCUCAUGGACAAUCAUAAGUACAGAUAAAGCAGAAUAUACAUUCUAUGAAGGAAUGAAUCUCAUAAAGGACGCAGUUACUCCGGUCCCUAUCGUUCAUAGUUUAAAUAUGAAUGGUGGAGGUGAUGUUGCCAUGCUAGAAUUGAAUGGUGAAAAUUUCAAUGAAUCACUAAAAGUCUGGUUUGGUGAAGUCGAGGCAGAAACUUUCUACAGAUGCCAGGAAAGUUUGCUCUGCGUUAUACCUCAGAUCUCUGAAAUAAGAGAAGGCUGGGAAUGGGUCCGACAACCAACACAAGUACCUAUUUCUUUGGUCCGUAAUGAUGGUGUCAUUUAUUCAACUAGUCUUACAUUUACAUAUACUCCUGAACCUGGUCCUCGGCCUCACUGUCCUGAUGUUGAUAGGAUUAUCCGACCAGGUCGUACCAAUCCAGACAGCCCAAAAUACCAGCAUCGUCAUAACUUUUUCAAUUCUACACCCAUAUCAUCACCACUUGAACAAAGAACCAGUGACAAUAACGAUUCUCUUCAAAUGAACAACAGUGAUGCAUACAUGGUACCUGUUGAAUAUUAUGGAACUUGGACAGAUUGUGGGGAAAAUAGGAUUAGACUUCGUCACCCAAACGAUCCACCACUUUGACAGCACGCCAAUAUUUUACAAAAUUGAUCUUAUUGCUCAUCAAAUUGAUUUUUCUCAUCUAUAGUCCAGCGCACAAAUUUCAUUAUACAAGUCAAUUUCACUACUUAGUGCUAACUAAACUUACCUCAAAUCUCGCAAGCGAAAAGCGCACAAACAAAUCACGAAAGAAAAAUAUUUAGUCACUCACAUAUCAUCACAUACCAUCACAUAAUUGUAAAUAACAAUUUUGUAAAUACCAUUAAUUCAUAUAAAUAUGUAUUUAUAGAUAUCUUAUGUUUUUAAUGGAAUUCACCAAACUCAAAGCUAUCAUGAAAAUCCCUCCAUAAUUCACCACGCAUCAAUUUAAUGUAUUUAAAUCUAAUUUUCUAUUCUAUUCGUAAAAAGUAUCGAAUAUAUUCAAUUUAAUAAAUAUUUUGUUAAAUUUA